UCUCUCUCUCUCUCUCUCUCUAUUUAGAGCCUUGCUCUAGCAACUACUUUCUCCAUAUAUACGUGUCACAAAUUCAAAUACAUGCAUAAGUUGUAAUUGUGAGGAUUCAUAUUGUUGGUGAUGGAGAGCAAAAGCAUGAAUAGAAAUGGUGGCAAUGAAUUGGGAGGAAAAGAAGUGAAAGUGGCAAACAAGAGAAGAAUAGGAGCAUGUGAGUCUGUGCUGAGGAUUUUGGCACUUGUUCUCACUCUCUCAGCGGCUGUUAUUCUUGGAGUGGAUAAACAGAACAAAGUUGUUCCUGUUCAAGUUCUUGAAACUCUGCCACCUAUUAGUGUUCCUGUUUCUGCUAAGUGGCAUUACUUGUCUGCCUUUGUGUACUUUGUGGUGGCAAAUGCCAUAGCAUGUUUAUACGCAGCGCUCUCUCUAGUCUUUUUGCUCGCAAAUCGCGAGGGAAAGGGCAUCACGGGGCUUGUAGUCGUGGUCGUCGACGUGGUGAUGAUGGCACUGCUUUUCUCCUCCAAUGGAGCCGCCGCAGCCAUAGGGGUGCUAGGUUUUAAAGGGAACUCACACGUGCAAUGGGAGAAGGUGUGCAAUGUCUUCGACAAGUUUUGUGACCAAGCAGCCGCCGCCCUCGUCGUCUCUCUGCUCGGAGCAAUAGCCUUUCUCUUGCUCAUUGUGCUUGCAGCCAAACGCCUCCACAACAAGUGAUCGUGAUCAAAUUACUUCAAAUUACUACUAGAAUAUUAUGUCUACUCUCUAUGUAUAAUGUUCUUCCUAAUCCUUCUAGAUGUGUGAUAAUUGUGGCUACGUUUUGUUUUUCUAUGCCGUUUUUAUAUGUUGUAGAGCUUUCGUUAAUUAGUAGAUAUCAAUUUUCGUGACAGAUUAGUUGUGAUAUUAUAUUUAAUAAGUUACGAGGGAAA